AUCUGCAGCUAGCACCGGUCCCUACAUGGUGAAGCUUUCAAACGGGAAACACUCACCCAUAGUUUUCCCCGAGCGAACCGACGCUGAUUCCCAGUCCCAGGGCCGCAUCCCAGAGACUACACUCAAGUGCAUUCGACACCUUCGUUCUCUACUCCCCACCGCUAGCAUCAGCGUCGAAGUAGAGAAGCCCGGGAGGGAAGGGCUCACGAGCCUUGCGGAGGCGGCCGACGUCAUCUUUUACUCGCGAAGCUGGGCCGAGGUCGCUGGCCUUGUGCACAUGGGGCUCCGAAGGCGCAACGGCCCUAUCACUCCCCGAUCGCCGCCCACUGGUGUGCCCCGUUAA